AUGACCCAAAGCUUGGCUCCCGAAUCCUACACCCGAUUUCUUUCUGAUGCUGCCAAAGAGCGAAAACCGAGUCCUAUCCGGGGCCUCUAUCCGCUCGAGGCCCGCCCCGGCGUGAUCUCGCUCCUGGCAGGCAAGCCAAACGCGACCACCUUCCCGUUCACUUCUAUCAAGCUCACCGCACGCUCGCCGACGGACCCGUCCCGCGAGAUCGAGACGGAGGUGAAUGGAAAGGCUCUCGCGGAAGGCCUGCAGUACGGCCCAACGGCAGGGCUGCCGUCGUUCUGCGAAUGGGUCUAUGAGCUCCAGGAGCGGGAGCACGGGCGCAAGAAGGGCGAGGGCUGGCGCGUGAGCAUCGGCGCCGGGUCACAAGAUGUGAUUUACAAGGCCGUGAUGGCGAUGGUGAAUCCCGGCGACUCGGUGCUCGUCGAAUGUCCGGUAUAUGCAGGUGUCCUCCCUAUGUUCCAGGCCCUGCAUUGUGACCUCAUCGAGGUGGAGACGGAUUCGCAUGGGAUCAAGUCGAACUCCUUGCGCUCGAUUCUGCAGAACUGGCCGUCGACAAAACAGAGACCAAAAGUACUCUACACCGUGCCUUAUGGUUGUAAUCCAACAGGAAUGACUGCGACAUUGGACCGCCGUCAAGAGGUCCUUGCAUUAGCACGAGAAUACGACUUCAUUAUCCUAGAAGACGACCCUUACUACUACCUGUAUUAUGGCGACGCGCCGCGGUACCCUUCAUACUUUACGCUGGAGCUAAAGCAGCCGGAGGUAGGGCGGGUGCUGCGCUUCGACAGCCUUUCCAAGAUCCUCUCAUCUGGUAUUCGCAUCGGCUUCGCGAGCGGGCCAGAGCCUCUCUUGCAGGCCAUCGAUAUGCACACCGCCGUCGCGAACCUGCAGACGUCCUCGCUGACCCAGGCGAUCACUUACUCGCUGCUCGACGCAUGGGGCUAUAGCGGCUUCAAGGCGCACACGGAGACCGUGUCGCGCUUCUACCGUGAGAAGCGCGACGUCUUUGAGGGCGCGCUGCGGCGACACCUCGAGGGUCUCGCGGAGUGGAGCACGCCCGAGGCGGGCAUGUUCUUCUGGUUCAAGCUGCUCUUGGGCGGGGAUGAGGGUGACUCGGAGAGCAUCAUCAGGACGAAGGCAUACGAGCGUGGCGUGCUAGCUCUGCCUGGGACAGUGUUUCUGCCGCGGGGCGGUAAGACCGCCUAUGUCAGGGCAGCGUUCAGUUUGUUGGCAGAAGAUGAGGUCGAGGAGGCCAUCAAGCGGCUCAGACAGACUAUCUUGGAAGCCAGGCAGAGCUAA